GUAAUUUCAUUGGAAAUUCGACAGUGUCGCAUUUUGAGCAAACUUUGAUUAAAAAUCCGAAAAAAUGUUUGACCGAAAAUUAUUCGCUUUAUUAUUGACCAGUUUCGUUAUUUGCGAGCUCUUCGUUGCAAAUGUCGAUGGUGCCUUAUGUGGACGUGAUAGAGAGGAUAAUUUUAGUAUAUGCGUAAAUGGAAAACGCGAAGAAAAAUUGCCAUCGUUUGGAAGUUCUUCAUCAUUGGUGUCAGCGACAACUACGCCAAUAGCGCCAGUAUCACCCUCACCAGUAGUGAGACCGAUAUCGUCACCCGCACAAUCACCAAAACAAACCGGCAAUGUUCUAUCAAAGGUAAAGGACAUUGAAGCUCGUUUGAAACCCAACGCACCUGCACCAGCACCAGUCAAGCCUUUGAGUCAAGUUCAAAAAAAUAUCAAACUUUUUGAAUCAAAGGCCAAAUUGGCAUCGGGAAAAAAGUAGAUCAACUCUUCUCAUGUUGAUUUUAUUCUUCUUAUUCAACGCCCGGCAACCGCGAAAGUUCUUCAAUAAUGUUUGAUUUUUUCCAGUUAAUAAAGUUUGGUAUUGUUUGAAUAAAUAGCACUACUUUGUUCAAGUAGAUUCGAAUAAAUAAACGCUACUUGUUA